UACUCUUCUCUCGAUACCAUGUAGCUACCUUUGGCUGUGUUUGGUUCUCUCAGUCAGAGGAAGUGGUGAGUGUGUUUCCUGCUCUGUCUCCCCCCUCCAGAAACAGUCAGAGCUGAAUGCAGAGAGAGAGAGGAGGGGAAAGCAGAGCUCAAGCGAAAGAAGGUUAGCCAGCAGCGAGUUAAGAAAAUGGCGAUCAUGCAGGACGAAUGCCUCCCCUCGUAGAUGCUGCAAACGCGUUGAAUUUUCUUUUAGCCUUACAGCCGGCUUUCCUUUCCACUCAGUUGCACUUUAUACUUCAAUGAGAGAUUCGGAAUUGAAAGCUGUUGCCACCAAAGAAGCUGAAGCAUCAUUACAGGGAACAUACCCAUAGAGGGAAGAACAGUGGAUGGAAGAGAGAGAGAGACGGAGAUUGUGACGAGGACGGAGGAUCAGAAGAUAAAGGACUGGUCAAAAGCCUUUCAUGUCUAUUCAGAUGUAACUUGGUUUAGAUCCACCUCUGUUCUACUCCUACUCUCCAGUGCCAGAGCAUACCAAGUCAAGGCAGUCCUAAAUCUAGACAACAUCCCCCCCUUCCCCUUCCCCACAUCCACACAUACAGACGUGCACACACAUACAGUCCUCAGCAAUGCCAAGGGGGCCUGAUCAGCCUGCUGCCCGCUCUGACAAGCCCUGCCUCUUCACCUCAGACCCUUGAGGCUGUGCCCUCUGAGCUUUGACCUUUGACCUCCCAUUUGUCGACCUGGGAACCAGAGGUCACUCGUUCUCCACUCAACCCGGGGACGCCCUCCUGCCCAGCCAGGAGCCACUGCCACAAGCCGCACUCGCAGGCAUGGCUCCCAUUCGGGACUCCGUCAGCCACUCCCCUAAUCAAACAGGUCUGGAGCAUCCUGGCUUAGACACGCAGUAUGAGCCUUCCCCCUGGUCCUCAGGCUCUCCCUGCAGCAGUGACGGUAACAGCAACUGGGGCAAAGUCCUAGUAGACGGAAGCACCGACAAACCCAACAACCCUUCUUCAACUAACUCUUCCGUCUGGCCUCCCUCCUCUUCCUCAUUCUCUUGCUCCUCAUCUUCUUCCUCUUCUGGCUGCGGGUCAGGAUCAGACCCUGAGUUGGCAUCAGAAUGCAUGGACGCAGACUCUAGCUCCUCGAUCGGCUCAGAGAAAAACCUUGCCGCUGUGACAACAGUAAUGAUGUCAGCAAAUGCUUCUUCCUCUGUGUCUUCUACGGCUUCUUCUCCCUCUAUGGUGACUUCCGCCAUGAUGGUUGGCGUUUCAGUGAAUGGAGACAGCAACGGCAACAGUCGUCAGAUAAUUGGUGGAGGGGUGGGAACCAUCGGUGGUGCAAAUAAUGGAAAUAAUAACAUCACUGGGUCCUCUCACUACUCCGCGGCUGGGUCCAGCAGUAUUGGCAGCAAUAACAUGGGUAACCACAACAAGCCCGUCAAUAACAGUGGUGUCUGGGGCAGCAACAUGAUCACAGGCGGAAGCACCCCCUGCAUCAAUGGAGGGUUAAACCCAAAUGCCAACCACGGUGCCUGGUCACAAAAUCCAAGCCCAGUGUCCCAGGGCCAACGGCCUCCACAGGCUCAGGGGAUGAGUUCCAAACUGGGUAUAGCUCCCCAACAGGGCCCAACGCUAGGCUGGGGUGGCGUGGCAGCUCCAAACAGCAGUAUGAUGGAAGACACUGAGGUGAAUAAUGGUACAGCAAGCAGCAAGGUGUUAGGAAGCAGCAACAGUGGAAAUGGUGGCCUACAGCCUACCAACCUUAACACUGAUUCUAAUGGACCAAAUAACACUAUUAUGAUGAAUACUACUACUACUACUACUAACGCCACAACGACCUCUAGUCCACCAAACUCUACAGCCUCACCCCAACUCAGCGGGGAUUGUUCCUGGGGUUCUAUUGGAGGAGGGAAUGUGGGUCCGCUGGCAAAUGGAAAACCCUCAUCAGCCCCCCAGCACACCCAAGGAGAGCUAGGGGGUCCUGGGGCCUUUGGUACGCCUUGGGGCGCAACUACCUACCCUGGAGACAAGGGCCCCCUAAAUGCAGACACUGUGAACCCACAAAACCCUGCCUUAAUGCAGGCUGGGAACCCCCAAAUAUCCUCUACCGCUGCUUACAAGAGUAAUAAUACCCACAAUAACACUGGGGCCCCACACUGGGACCAGGGGCCUGCCAAUAACCCAAACCAGCCUCAGAGCAACUUGUCCUGGGGUACCGGCUCAAAUCAAAUCCCAGGCUCUGCAGGCCAAACACCAGGAAAUGGGAACCAAACUACUAUGGGUCCCCCAGCAGGGAUACCUCGCCCCUGGGGGAGCAGCGCAUCGUCUUCUUCAUCGUCCUCAUCGUCCUCUACCACAUCUAACAACAAGAUGACAAAUGGAGAAUGGGGAUCAACAACUCCUGGUAAUAACCAAUCAGAUGCUGGAAGUCAUAAAGGAAGCUCAGCCAACAAUGGCUGGAAAAGCCUGGAGGAUGACGCCAUGGGCAUGGGAGGGGGAGGUGAAGGUGGAGGAGGAGGAGGAGGAGGAGGAGGUGGUGGUGGUGGUGGAAGCAAUGGCGUGGCGAGUGUCACUGGAGGCUGGGGUCGAUCUGGAGGAAGUGAAGGAAGCGGAGAGAGCUCUGGAGGCCGAUCCAGCGCCGACAGAGACGGCAGCCAGUCAAAAGGGGGAAAUCGCAGAAAGGUUAUCCAUCCUCCAACAGUAAUAUCAGCUGUGCCCCAGGUCGAUGUGGACCCAAGGGUCCUGUCCAACACUGGAUGGGGACAGACACCUGUACGGCAGAACACCUCCUGGGACGUCAAUUCUGCUGCUAACAAUAGGCACCAAAGUCCCAGAGGAGACGAAAGAAAGCAUAGCAGUGGAGGCUCCGGAUGGGGCACAACACCAGCAGCUCCCUCCCAGACCUCUGGAGGUUGGGGUGGUGGGCCGGGCAGCUCAGGUGCAGGAGGUUCUGGCUGGAGUGAACGGCAAAACCCAGCAAAUGGAGGAGGUGGGCAGAGUAGCUGGAACGAUGGGCCCAGCUACAAGGGGGGCAACAACAACGGUAACACCUGGAGCAAUAACAUUAACAAAGACGACAGGUCCAAUACAUGGACUAAUGCGCCCAAACCGCAGCAGGGCUGGGGUACCAAUAGUGGAAAUGGAAGGGAAGGCUGGGGUAAUGGUGGAAAUGGUGCCAGAGCAGGGGGCAACAACCACUGGGGGGAGCCCCAAAAAGCUGCCAGCUCAGUGGGCUGGGACAGCGACAGCGACCGGUCAGGCUCUGGAUGUUGGAGCGAGCAAAGCCGAACCAAUACCAGCAGCAGCAACACCUGGGUAGGGAGCGGAGGAUCAAAUACUCCAGACCAGAGCACUCCGAAUCCAGGCUCCAACUGGGGCGACUCAGUCCACAAACCCAAUCCUCAGAGUAACAGCCAGGGCUGGAGUGAGCCCAUGAAGAACAACCACGGAGCCCAGAACUGGAGUGAGCCAAAUCCCAAGCCCUCCAAUGAGUGGGGAAAAGCUCCUGAAUCCAACAUGUCCAGAGGCAAUCAAGCCCCUAACAAGUCAGGCUGGCAGGGAGGCCCCAUACCCACAGCAGGUCAGAAGGAAGAAGUGUCAACUGGGUGGGAAGAGCCUUCUCCAGAGUCCGUUCGUCGAAGAAUGGAGAUCGAUGAUGGGACAGCAGCUUGGGGAGAACCUAGUAAACGCGGCGGUGGAUCUCUCAACAAGUGGAGCAGGACUGGCCAAUCGGAGCAGGAGCCUGCUGGCCAGUCCACUCAACACCAGUCUCACCCAGCACGCAGCUCGAUGCAUCCUCCUCAGCCCGUGCAUCCUCCUCAGCCCGUGCAACCUCUUGCCCAGGACAAAAGCUGUACUAGUUGGGGGGAGCCGUAUGCCAAAAAGAAGGAGUCCUCAACGUGGGAACCUCCCGCUCCUCCGCCUGUGAAAGUAGACAACGGGACGUCUGCCUGGGGGAAGCCCAUGGACACCAGCUCCAGCUGGGAAGAACCCGGCAGAGAUAAGAGAGAGCCUGCUGGACCUGGAUGGGCCGGCCAGCAUAAGUCUGCUCCAGGUCCCAAGCCCAUGGAGACAUGGGGUGGUGAGGAGGCGUCCAUGGGCAAUAGCUGGGACCAGGAAGAGGAGGUAGAGAUUGGCAUGUGGAGCAACAGCCAACAGGACAACAGGUCCCACGACCAAAACACCUGGAACUACAAGCAUAAAGUCUCUAACAAGAUGAACAAACCAGUCAACAAACCGGAUGAACCCUGGAUGAAACCCUUCAUCAACCAGUUCAACAGCAUGAACUUCUCUAGAGACUCUCCUGACGACUCCAUGAAGACAGGAGCAGGGAUGGUGCAGGACAAGCGUAUGGACAUGGGCAGUAUUGGAGACUACAAUGGAGUAAUGGGGAAGAACCCUGGAUCUCGACACCAGCUCCACAAGGAGUCUGCCAUGGAUCGCAGCCCUUACUAUGACAAGCUAUCCGUUUCCCCCUCUGCUUACAAUAACCCAGCUUCUGAUGAGCACUCCUCCAAUCAAAGCAUGAGCUUUCCCCCUUCCAAUUCUGCUCAGCCUAUCACCUGUCUCGACUCUGGGCCGUCUCCUGCCCACUCUAGUCCUGGGGGCGCUCGGCAGAAUGUAAACCCUAUGAUGGGUGGCAGCAGCGUAGCACAGGGCCGAGGUGGCCCCCAGUCCCAGGCCCCCCCCCAACCCAACCUUCGUAACCAAGUGCCUCCACCCAUCCUGCCCUCUCAGGUGCCUCCAUCCCUGUUGAAGUACCCAGGAGGUAACGGAGGUCUGAACCCUCUGUUUGGCCCUCAGCAGGUGGCUGUGCUCAACCAACUCUCCCAGCUCAACCAGCUGUCACAACUCAACCAGAUCAACCAGUUACAGCGUCUUCUCCUCCAGCAACAGCAGCAACAGCAACAACAGCAGCAGCAGCAGCAACAACAGCAGCAGCAGCAGCAGCAACAGCAGAAAGCUCAGAGCCAUAGAUCCAUGCCUAUGGGACGACCGACUGAACAGACACGUCCUAUUGGUUCGUCUCCAUCAAUGAUGCAGCCGCCACGGCACCUGGACCCCUCCCUGCUGAAACAGGCUCCAUCCCACAAACCGUACCUGGAUAACUACUUGUCCCACAAUGCCCCUGAGAUGCAGAAGGAUGCUGCUGCUCUCGGAUCCUUCAGCAACUUCCCUUUAAACUUGAACUCUAACCUGAAUGUACCCCUGGACAUGAGUGUUGGUGGUAGUAGUGGCGGCGGAGCUGUGAGCUACAAAGAGCCUCCCCAGUCCAGAAUGAAGAAACUUUGGGCUACUGACCCUCUGGAGCAGAACAGCAAACCUGGUGCUAUGUCGUCUGGGCUGCGUCUGGAGGAUUCUCCCUUUUAUGACUUCCUGUCUCCUGGCCCAUCUCCCCUGAGUCCUCCCGGCCAAUCAAUGGGCUCGGUGGGCGAUGGCUGGCCGCCCCGUGCCAACUCCCCCCCGCCCCAUGGAAACACUGUCACCUGGCCCCCAGAGUUCCGGCCCGGGGAGCCUUGGAAAGGAUACCCCAACAUUGACCCUGAGACUGAUCCUUAUGUGACCCCCGGCAGUGUCAUCAACAACCUCUCCAUCAACACCGUCCGCGACACAGACCACCUCAGGGACAGGAACAAUGGGCCAUCCUCAUCACUGAACACCACGAUGCCUUCUAACAGUGCCUGGUCAUCCAUUCGUGCCUCCAGCCACAGCGGUUCCCUCACCAGUACAGCACAAAGCACUUCAGCCAGACCCAGUGAGUCAAAGUGGUCUCCCGGCGGCGGUUCUGUGUCCAACUCCUCCCUGGCCCAUGAGCUGUGGAAGGUCCCCCUGCCUACCAAGGCGCUGUCUGUGGCGGCCCCCUCCAGACCACCACCCGGCCUCACCAGCCAGAAGCCCAGCUCUGCCUCCUCCGGCUGGGACGGCUCUGCCCUGAGGCUGGGGGGGUGGGGCUCCUCUGAGUCCAGAUACACACCUGGUUCCAGUUGGAGCGACAGCAGCAGCUCAGGGAGAACCCAAUGGCUUGUUCUGAAAAAUCUCACACCUCAGAUCGACGGCUCUACCCUGAGGACCUUGUGCAUGCAGCACGGCCCUCUGAUCACAUUCCACCUCAACCUGCCGCACGGUAACGCCGUGGUAUGCUACAGCUCCAAGGAUGAGGCCGCAAAGGCCCAGAAGAGCCUGCACAUGUGUGUUUUGGGGAACACUACUAUUCUGGCUGAGUUUGCCAGCGAGGAGGAAAUCAACCGUUUCUUUGCACAAGGGCAGUCACUGGCCACUCCCUCCUCUGGCUGGCAAGCCAUCGGCUCCUCUCAGACCAGAAUGGAUCAGUCUCACCCAUUUCCCAGCCGCGCUCCUGAACCUACCCAGUGGAACAGCAGCGAUCUCCACAGCUCCUCCCUCUGGGGCGGGCCCAACUAUUCCAGUAGCCUGUGGGGGAGUCCCAGUGGCACCGAGGCAGGGAGGAUCAGCAGCCCUUCUCCAAUCAGCUCCUUCCUCCCGGUGGAUCACCUGACAGGGGGUGGGGACUCCAUGUGAACCGCCUGCCAAUCAAACAGGCUGGGGGAAGGGUCAGUAGAGAAUUAUCAAUAAUCAGCAGAAGAAAAUGAAAAAAAAAAGUAGUUAAAAAAGCAAUGGCACUAGUCGGACUCUUUCUCACUUACAAGAAAUACAACAAAAACGGGGUCUCCCCUGUGGAAAACAAGUUACGUUUCUCUCUCUGCACAUAUGUCCACUUUGUUUUAGCCCAAAAACAUAUCAGUCGGAAUACUUGAAUCAUGCAGGCCAAUUCUAUAAUGUGAACGGAUGGAUAUUUGCUUCCAGGUAGUGCUCUUUCAGACCGAAAAAAGCUUCAAUCGAGCUCAUUAUUAUAUAUAUAUAUAAUUUUUUUGUUUCAUUCGUCAUGUUUAUUUGAAUUCCAAUUAUUUUCAUUUUAACGGUUUUUUUUUUUUUUUUUUUUUUUGCAUUUGUUUGACAAUGUUGGAGUAUGAGCUUUUUUUUAACUUUGCACUGAAUGUGGUUUUUUCUCAGUAUAUAUAAUCUGCAAUAUAGAGGGAGCAGCCAGUUUUUCCAGUGUAGCUGUUUACUCAUUGAGGUCCUUACCAUAUGCGUGUGCACGUGCACGUAUGUGCGCGGAAGUACUUUGUGUGUAUGUGUGACUGCGUGUGUGAUUGAGUAUGUGUGCGCUCCUCUCUGCCUUGGCACGCCUACCUUACUGCGUUGUCGUGGAGUUCAAGAUCAACAGAUAGUUAAAGAAUAAUAAAAGCUGAUUUAGGAGGAUUAUCUGGUGAUAGUAAAAGUGACAUUAAAAAGUAUUGCACCAAUUUUGUUUUAAAACUAAAGAACGUUGAGCUCUGCAGUGCAAAGGACUGUAGCCGCAGCUGGGACUAGCAAGCCCCGCCUGCCCCAAUGUAGGGGGCGGGGCCUAUCUAGCAAGCCCUCCCACUAGCCCCCUAGUGGGCAGGGGGGAAACAGCACUUUCAGAAUAGGCUUUCGAUGUUUUGGAGGUGCCACACUGCAACCUCUUGUUUACAAGACUUAGGAGGCGGAACGUGUGUUCAUUCUUCAUUUUAAAGAGAAGAUGGAAUAAAAAAUAAAAUGCUAUAAUAAAAAAAAAAUAUAAAAAAAUGAUUUAAAAAACAAACUUAAAAAAAUGUAUAAAACAAAUAGAAAAACUACAAAAAAAUUCAAAACUCUUAUUGAGGAUGAAGACGAUGCUUUGUAACUCUGGGAAUUCGGAUCAGUGUUUUGGCCAUGGCGUUGGUUAUUUGAACUAUUCCUCUUUGUCUGCUAAAUAACCAGCAAUGGUUCUCAGGAAAUCAAGCCAGUUUUCCCCCCCUUGUAGGUGAAUUAAAAAACAAAAGAAACUACUACUCCUUGUAGGAAAGGUAAAUCCAACUUCUAGCACUGAAAACUAUGUAUAGGUCUGUAAGUUUUAUUUUCUCUGCCAAAUAACUGCUUUAAGCUGGAGAAGCUCAACACACUGCUUUCAAUAUGCUGUCUUUAGAGGGACGGGGGGUCCUAAUGUGGGGGGGUGGAGGACGGGCUGUAGAAAUCCCAACGCUCCCUCUCUCCUCCUCUUCCUCCACUCCUCCACUCCACUAAUGUUAAAAUCAAAAGUGGGGAGUGUUUAUUGUGUGCGUGUGUGUGUGUGACGGUCAGUGGAAAAUGUUCGGUCUUGUCAGACUUCUAAACCAAGAGAAAGGCGACUCUGUAUCUAUGCAUACUGUAGCCUCUCACAUGGCCUACUGAGAGGCUUUUUUUUUCUUUUUUCCCGUGUCUCUCAAAAUGUUUUAAAUGUUUCAUUAAGUACAACAAAAUGCGAAAUAUAACUUGCUUUCUUUUUUUUCUUUUUUUUUAUCGCUCUCAUUGCCACAAAUGGUGUUUUGAAAAAAGGAAAGAAGAAAAACUUAAAUCUUUUCGUUUUUGGUUGAAGAUAAUAUUUUAACAGUGCAAAAGUCGUCCACAUUUCAUUGCCUUGAUCCUAAUUGUGUCCGAAGAUGCAACAAGUCAAGUGGCUUCUACCUGUUUACAAAUAGAAUAUGAUUGUAUUGUUGUACUGUUUUCUUUUUUUUCUUUUUGGGUGGGGGCGGGGGGGGAGUACUCAUCUGAAGUUCCUGACCUGAUGAAUCGUGUGUGCGUGUGUGUUAGGUUGCUCCUUAAGGGCAGAUGUGAGUUCUGACCACUGGAGGGGAAGGUGUUGGGUCGUGUGUGUGUGUGUGUGUGUGUGAGAACGGCAGUGAAUGUAAAUCCACCAGUGGUGUUUGUUGUCAAAAUACACGCGUGAAUAUUAGAAUUACCUAUCUACCAGUGAUUGUUUAGUUACUAUGAUGCACAAUUAUCGGGGGAAAAGAAAAAGCUUCAGAGAGUGUGUGAACGAGAAGUCAGCAUUAGCGAAGCCAUGGACCUUAAUUUCUUUUCUUCAUCGUGUAAUUAUUCUGUUAUGCCUGUUGCGUGUGUUUGCGCGUGUUUCCCCCCUCCGAUAAAGGUUUUUAUUUCAGAAGUACUAGAAACGUUGGCUUAAGUUGUGUUUCUUAAGUUUAGUCGUGAAUAUAUAACAACUUGAACGUAUACGUAGUGAGACAGAACCUUGAGUAUUAGCCAGACUUGACCGUGGUGUGUGCCAGUAUUGAACUGCUCUCUACCAAAUAAUUCAAUCAUACAAAAGAUUAAUUAGUUUACUUAUUCCAGAAUCUCUUUGCUUAAACUAUAUAUAAUCUUAUUUCUUUUUGUCUGGUUUGACACAAUGUUAUCAAGUGGAACAUCUGAACCAUGUUUGUCAUUUGUUUUUUGAGUUAACUUAAUUUGACAAAUUGAACUGAGGCGCCUUGGAUUUUGCACUUGGGUGGAUUAGAGGAAAGGUUGAGCAAGCGGAGAGCAAAGCCGGGAGGGAUGGUCGGACAGGUGGCGUAGUUUGCAUUAUCAGGUCUGUCUGAUGCGUCUGAGUAUUGUGGCAGGGUAAUGUGUGUGUGUGUGUGUGUGUGUGUGUGUGUGUGUGUGUGUGUGGUGUGUGUGUGUGUGUGUGUGUGCGCGCGCGCUGUGACUUGAGAAGAUGGUGCUUUGUCGGCCCCUAGUGAGGGGGCGAGAGAAGAGGGGAGGGGCUUCGUCGUCCUCUCCAUGUUUACCUCUCCCUGUUCACUGGGCCGGCUCGUCAGAGCGGCGACCUCGCCACGUCGCCUGAAUGUAGCUGAAAAGGGUUUUAAAACUAUAAUACGCGGCCGCAGUCUCGACCUGCCUUUUCCGGCACCUGAUCAGCCUCUAAUAUGGAACUACCGCACGGGAAAAGUCAAGUGAAGCAACCACUUCUCAUUGUUUAGUAUUUUAAUCAGUAUUCAACAACUGUUCUGACCACGCCCCUGUUGUCAUGGUGGCCGUUGCUGUUGGAGAUGCUCAUGUCUUGAGCUUGACUGAAACAAGGCUUCUUGUUGGCUUGUAGUGACUCGGGGCUCGGGGAUGCGACUUGUGAUCGGCUAGCUCUUCCUGGCUUUUCAGGGACACAGGGUUCCACUUGCCUCUCUGCUGGUUACCCAGGAUCAGCUCUCCCUCUCCAACUCCUAAGCUUAACUACAGGAGAGGAAACGCAAAACUGACAGGAGGUCUGAGGCAAGUGAACUCUUAACAGUCGAUAUUCCCUUUCCGCUCUUGAUGAAAUUAGUUUACACUUCGUUCAUUCUGAUUUUGGCAAUGCUUUUUCUCCUAACACUGAUCCGGGAGCAGUUGUGUCCCUCCUCAGUAUCCUUACAUUAACCAAUUAGUGGGACACAAACUGACCCCUGAUCAGCAGCUCAGGAGGCCGCAUCGCUCUGCUGUUAGAGAAGGGACAAGCAAAGUCUGUAAAACGCCUCUCAUUGAUGUUUAUGUUACUGUUUUGGUUCACAGCUUAAAUCUAGCUCUGUUUCUGUCUCGUCCAAUCUACUGUUAGUGUGUGUGUGUGGGAAGAUGCAAAAACCCAGUCUUGUACAGAAACAGUGUGUGUAUGUUCGAACACAUUAUCAUGCCAAAUCGAGGAGGGGAGGGUGAGAGGGAAGGAAAGGGAUUGAUUUAUUAUUUCUUUGUGUAUGUAUGUGUAUUUAAAAAAAAAGCUGGACAAUGUUAAAUGCUUGAAGAAAUCAUUUGCAAAAGGAUGAUGUGAGGAAAACCUUUUCAGUAAGUGAAAACCACCACGAGCAAUGUACAAUCCCCAGGGCUGCCAAGCAGCUUCCCGAUAGGGCCAGACGAGGGGAGGAAAGACGGAAGGAAAGUGUAGGAGAGGAGGGAAGCUGGCUGGUGAUACUCUACUACUUUUUAAUGUUUAAGAAAAAAAUAAUGUGACUGUUUUUCUCUUGACUUAACUAUCCUGUGAGCAAAUGCUAUAUUAUAUCAUAACACACCCAAUGGCUCCUGCUGUCGAUCAAAAGCGCUAAGGCUAUUUUUGUUGACACAAAAAAAAAACAAAAGAAAAAAAAACACAAACUGUGAGAAUCUGCUGUCUUUUUUGUCAUUUUACAUUUAGUAUGAAUACACACAAACAACCCUGAAAAGCUUUAGUCUAACCAGCACAAAGAUGUGGGUGGGGCGGGCGGGUUUAUCGGGGUGGGGGGGCAGGCUCCAGUACAGAGGGGAUGGGUGGGAGUCGCUCAGAGAGACUAUGCAGUGGAGUGUUGAACCCAGGCUUCCAUGUCCACCUUGGGUUUUUUGCUUUCUUUAAAAAACAAAAAAAACAAAAAAAAAAUCCCAAAACUUUUUUUAAAAACACAGUUGAGAUGGGAUUCCCAAUAAUAUUCCUCAAACAUGUCGUGCCAUCGUUGAAUCGUACUACUAGUACUAUUACUACUACUAAUAAUAAUAAUAAUAAUAAAUAAAAAAACUGAAAAAACCUUUAUUACCUUGCAACCGUCGGGCCAGUUGUAGCAGGAGGGGAGGACAGGUUAAGAUUUGCAAAGUCCAUUUCUUUAUUUUCACAGCUUGUCUCCUCGAUAAGCCGAGGGGAGUGAGGCCGGUGAAAACUGCAAAUUUUACACAACUACAAUGUUUUUUAUAGAGAUUCUAUCAAUCCACAGUGUGUAGUUGGAUCACCUGUAAACCUAUUAUGCACAUUGCUUUGGGAGACUGUUGAAACUAUAUAUAAUAUAUAUAUGAGAAUAUAAACGUACAGUGUCUAUAAUCAACGAGAGGAAGUUUUCCUCUCUUUACAAACAAAAACAGGAAGUACCUUUUUAUUUUCAAAUGUCUUCCUCGGGUCAUCAAAGGAUUUUAUCUUAAACUUCGGGGGAAACUGCACUUUUUGAAGGACAAUCUUUAUUUGUAUGGGUAUAAAAAUUGACAAAAACGAAGUCGCCUGAUAUUACAAGGUAUAGAAAACCAACUCCAGUGUGCUCUAAUAAUGAAUGUCUCCUCUGAUGCUGUCUAUUUGUUUAGUUUCAUUUAAUCUUUUUAUUCUCCUUCCUUUUGUUGCUUGGUUUGUUCUGUAUUUUUUUUCUCCUUAUUUUUUUGGAUUUUAGUGCUCUUAAGAGAAUCUGUACUAAGGUGUAGAGUAGUGAGUAGUAGGUCUUCUGUUGGCUGUACUGAUUACUGUUUGUAACCCUCUGGUUCCUGCAGCCGUCAUACAAAGCUGUAAAACUUGGGUACAACCCUCAAUAAAAGACUAACAAUGA